GAGCUGUUAAGGAGACUGAUCUAUGUUGAAAUCAACAUGAUGAAGGAAUAAGUGACGAUUGAACCGCCUAUUAUGAACUGAUCACUGAAUUCAUGCAUCAGUCAUGAAGUUGUAGUGAUGAGGCACAUGUAGAUAUAAAGAUUUUACCGAUUUAUAACACAGGAAUCCUGUACACAGUGAAUGAAAUGGGGGCUCUCAUCAGGACCUGCUGGCAAAGGCCAAGGGCCUCCAUUCAAUGUUUAUUUCUGACAGCUUGUGUUUUUGUGCUUUAUUCCUGUGCUGAUGUUGGAAAUAAGAACAGCGUUCCUCUUGGUAAAGCCAAAGGCAGCACGAGAGAAAAACUAAAGGAACCGUGUGCUGCUGGUGAUAAAGUCUGUGAUAAAGAGCGCGUCGAGUAUGAUUCAAUCACUGCACUCCAUCGCCAGAUUGAUGAUGAUCAUAGUGGUGCUAUCGAUUUAUCAGAGAGUGAUGAGUUUCUAAGGGAAGAGCUCCAAUACACCGAUGGAUCUCGUCAUACAACAUUCCAUGGAGACGAUACACAUGUCACAAGCGAUGAACUCUGGAAGUUCUGGAAAAAGUCUGAAGUUCACAACUGGACGACGGAUGACGCGUUGGAUUGGCUGUUAGUCCACGUUGAACUCGCACAGUAUGCUGAGGCUUUCAAACAGAAUAAUGUUGAUGGUGCAGCAUUACCAAGAAUUGCAGUAAACACUAACAGCUACAUGACUACAGUUCUUGGCAUCAGAAAUCCCGUCCAUAAACAAAAACUCACACUUAAAGCCAUGGAUGUUGUUUUAUUUGGUCCCCCAAAAAAGCCACACAGUUACAUGAAGGAUCUGAUUCUAGUGACCUCACUCUUUGUCGCGAUGGCAGGGUGCUGGUUUGCAUACAUCCAACACAAAAAUGCUCAGUCCCAUCUGAAGAAAAUGAUGUCAGAUCUGGAUGUAUUACAGAAAGCAGAAGAUUCAUUAUCAACUUUGCAGCACCAACUCUCGAAAGCUCAGGAGGAACAUAAGUCUGUGCGUGAGGAGAAGCUGAGCCUAGAGAAGAAGAUGAAGAAUGAGAUUGAAGAAACAAAGAGAGAAGCGUUUCGUCUGAAGGAACAGAGAGAGAGUACCGAUGGUGAAAUAGGACGUCUCAAACUAGCGGAGGAGGAAAUUGACCACUUACGAGGUCUGUUGCUGCAAGCAGAACGACAACUUGAGGACAACCAGUUUCUGCCAUCGAGUGAUCUCCAACAGUGGUUACAGCUCACCUAUGAAAUAGAGCUGAAACAUUAUGAGCAGAAGAAAGUUGCUGCUGAAAAACAGUUAUUGACUGCAAAAGAUGGGUGGGAUAAAAUCAGGAAAAAACGUGGGACAUUCUUGGCCCCAUUCCGCAUGGCUCAUAGCGGUGCUUUUGACGACGUAGAUAAACGUAUUACUGAAGCCAGGGCAGCACUUGAGGAAGUCCGCUACGACUUACAAGAACGUCUUCACCGGUGGCGUCAAAUAGAAGUUCUGUGUGCUUUUCCCAUCACGAGCAACCCGGGCCUUGGUAUCCUGGAGCCAGCCCUGCGUGACUCUUGUGCAUCGCCCCCAGCCCCUUCCAUAUCCUGUGCUGGCAGUCAAGGUUCGGUACGAGGGAGCGCUUCUAAUCUGCUGUCCAUUGACGAUGCCGAUGACGAGAUGUCACCACCAUUCAAGGUCGCGCCGAGUGAACCAGCGAAACAUGGACGGUUUUACACACUAGGAUUAGCCGCCAUGUACGCUACGAGCUAUCGCAUUAAAGCCAGGGCCCGAACAAAAGCGGCCCAGUCACGGCAUAUUGUUCCUAGUCAAACUUUAAAUCCCACAAAUGCCGCAAUUAACAGCAGAGUCAGCCCUGUCAAAAAUAUACCAAGCAGAUUUCCGACUAAUCCAUCUUCACCAGGUUUACAUUCCAUGCAUCUCGGUCAGUCAGAUUUUGACCGACGGACGUUGACGUCUGCAAGGAGUUCAGACAACUUCCUGAGGAUGACAGCAAGGCCAGACACGGAACACCAUGCCGAGGAUCGUGUUGGUACUGCUGGCUCUACCGCCUCAACACCUGAUGGUCCUGUGAAGUUCUCUAUCGAUGGCCACGAAAAUGGAAUACAUGAGCAACCAAGUACAUCACCAAGUUCAAAGUAUGUCAACCCAACAAUUGGCCAUUCAAUAAGCAUAGACUCAGCCUUAACAAAGAAUGAACGUCACCUAGGGCGUCCAUUAAGUUUACAGGCAACUCGUUCAGAAUCAUUAAUCACUGAAGGAUCAGCAUCGCGGAGUAAUACGUUGAAUGGUUCUUUAGGAACAUUGCGUAAACGGGUGGAGGGAUCCGAUCAACCACAGUCACUGACACCGCCAUGUACACCAGUUGAAGAAAAUAGUUCGGAGGAAGGAAGCUCAUUGGAUCUAUCCGAUGGGAAAAAAAAGGAGAAAAAGAGAAAGGGAUUCUCGAUGAAAUUUCUCAAAAAGGACAAAACAAAGAAAACAUAGUUUUAUACUUAAUGAAUGAUGCCUGAAGAUUGAGAUUCUGGGUUUUUUUGUAUGUUGUUGCGUUUAUUCAAUAAUCAGGUAUUGUAGUUUAAAAUUGCUCUUAAGUGAUUUCUUCCAUAGAGCCUGUUAAAAGAAAUCCUCAGAGGGUGAGGGUUUCAGCAUCAUCCUAGAUGUUGUGCCGCUUGAAUGUGCUACAGUAGACCCCUGAAGAUUUUCUUCUGUCAGCGGGGAAGUAUUUAUUCAGAAUAAUUGUAAAUGAAUCACGUUAGAUGUACUUAUUUCUUGUUGAGUGUGAUAGAGUUAAACUUUCUGUGUGGGUAUAAAUGUUUGAAACCUCCAUGAUUUCCUUCGGCUGUUUGUUAUUGAUCCGAAUAGGAACGCAUCCACGGGUACCGGUACUUUCCUUCUGCUGAUGCAUAUAGUGAUGGUUCUUCUUCUUCAGCGUUCAACCUGCCUAAGUACUAUAACCUCAGUCCUGUGGCGGAGAUGAAGCAGCUUGUCGCCUGAAGGUCCGGCUGUGUUCCCCACAGCUUUUCUUCGACCUUCGUGUAUAUAGUGAUGGUGAAUCAGUGUUGCUUUGAAAAGUUGACCCCCUGUUGUAAAUUUGAAGGUGGAUGAAUGUUAUGCUGAAUCUUGCCUGACAUAUCUGUGUGGUUUUUGUCUGGAAGGUAUCGAAUUCCAUUCCUUAUUGGUGCCUCAUAGCUAACAGGGCCCAAGUUUGAUCCAGGGGAGAACCAAGAAUUGUAUUUCUGGAUGAACCUGUGUGGCUUGAAAGGUACUAAAAUGAAAAACAAGCAUUGGGAAAAUACCGGAGGACUUGCACAAUGUUCUCACAAAUUAGUGAUUGAUAGUUGUCAGUGAGGGAGUUUGUUUGUUAACUUGGAUGUAAAUACAUUUCUGUGUCAUGUAAAUGUCAAUUCAUGGAGAAAUCACUUUGUUGAAUGUACUUGGGUUGCACAUUUGUGUACAUCAAUGUGUACUUAAGUUGAUGUUUAUUGUACAUGUACCUGUAUCACAUUUACAUGUAUGUCCAUUUCUGUUGAUGUUUCUUGUACAAAUGAUACAUAUGUUGUAAACAUGUAAAUACUGUAAACAAUUAUAAUGUAAAAAAUUAUUUACCAUUUAAGAUUUAGGGCCUACUGUCGGUCAAAUAAGCAUCAUUUAGUUGGUUGGCAAAAUGUCAUACCCAAGUCUGUAGUUAUUAGCUUCACCCCUUAGGCCCGGGGCCUAUGAGGUUAGAGUUGGCCUGGAGCAAGUGACAGUUCGAACCAUGUUGAUCAUGGCUUCUGCAGUGUUUAUAUGCUUUUGGUGUUGAUUGAUCCAAAUAUGUCCUGGCCACAUUGCUGCCAUCUUGAAUAGUGUGUAGUCAGGAAGAUGUGAGAUGUAGGUUAUGGAGUUCUAUUCAUCUACAUGUUGUUGCCAUAGUUUUAGGUUGGUUUGGCAAUAGGUGAGCCGCUCUGACUUGUCGGAUAUAAAGGGGGAAGAGAUCUGCUACUCCAUUAAUAGUGGUGUUUUUAAGAUUUGGUGCCUUUAGGCCAAUCUUUUUGCUUAUAAAUCAGUCAGGGUUGGCGCGCCCGUUCGCAUUUUCGCCACUUGCGAAUGCUGCACAAGUGGCGAAUGUAAAACAAUGUCUGGCUAAAAAUGUUGCGAAUUCAAUUUGAAUUGCCAUGAUUUGGCGAGAGAGUAUUAGUGUUUUGCGAAAAUUGGUCAAAGUCUAUCAAAAAGAUCCACUUCCACACCAAAUGCACCAAGGAACGAUCGUUAGUCGGACAAACUUUAUCAUAUUUGCGGGCGGCCGCGAUAUCACACGUGGUUGCUAUCGUCUGCAUUGUAGUUCUACCCGUUGCCGCUACAGUGAUGUUGGUAGCGCUGCUGGUUGCCUUACUCGUACAUUAUUAGUUCUACCCGUUGCCGCUACAGUGAUUUUGGUGGCGCUGCUGGUCGCCUUACGAAUGCAUUAUGGGCUAUUUUCCCGCUUGCUUCGUUGCCAUGGAGUCUCCGGUCACGGGUUCCUCGAAUCGUUCGUUGAUUUGCUGGUCUCAGUACUGGCGGGCUGCCAUUCUCGCACAUGUUACUGUGGGCUGGGUCGGCCCCAAGAUGGACAAACGAUCGGCCCCAAGAUGGACAAACGAUCGGCCCCAAGAUGGACAAACGAUCGGCAAUGGCUAGAGCUGACUCAAUAUGGCUAAAAGUGACAGCCACUUGGCUAAAAAGUGGCUUGGAGAAAAAAAUUCACAGAGCCAACCCUGAAUCAUUAUUAGGACAAGUUUUUGAAUGUGCAUAAUUAUGAUGGUAGGGCUGCAGAGAAUGGGUUGUCUCAAUGUAUUUUACGGAUGAACAUCCAUUCUUUGGAUGAAUUUCAGUCCUGCCCUGGGGGUGGGGGUGGGGGGAGAAAUUGGGAAGUCAUUCUUGACCUAAAACAACAUGCAGUUUAUGUGUAAAAUGAUUUUUACAGGUACCAGUAGGCCUACAUACAGUGUACGGUUACGAGUGGAAUCUUCCACAAGAUCCUCCAGAACUACUUUCCUGCUUUAAAAAGCUCCAUGUUGAUUCUGGAAAUAUUUUGAACAAACGAUCAAUAAAUUAUAGUUG